AUGGCAGAGAUUGAAGCUAUAAUAGAUGAAAGUGGGGGUUCAAAUGAAAUCACUGCUAUAAGUGGAACUGAUUCAAAGGGAAAGAAAUCCAUAAUGGAAAGAUCUGUUGUAUGGGAUCAUUUCGAAAAGAUCUGUGGUCCUAACAGGGAACUGACUGUAAAAUGUGAAGAUAUAACAUGUGUUAUUUCAAAGUGCUUGCUUGAUUGGAGUUUAGAAAAAGUCAUCACUGUUACAGUUGAUAAUGCUAGUUCAAAUGACGUCGCAGUGAAAGAAUGGUCUAAGCAAUUUAGUAAAUGGGGAACUAAUAUGAUGGAAGAUGGUUUGAAAGAAGUGGGCGAUUCUGUGAAACGUGUUAGACAGGUAGUAAGAUACAUUAGACAAUCUCCGACAAGGUUGAAUAAGUUUAAAGAAUGUUGUGAACUUGAAAAGACAAUAUGUAAGAAAUCAUUAUGCCUGGAUGUUCCAACUAGGUGGAACUCCACCUAUUUGAUGUUAAAAGUGGCACAAGAAUUCGAGGAUGUAUUUGUAAGUUAUGGUGCUCUUGAUCGUGUAUUAUUGCAUUAUCUUCUUACUCAUGUUUGUAGCAUUGAUUGGGAAAAUAUAAGGCAUAUGCUUCAUUAUGUUCUGAAAGCUUUAAUAGAAAGUGAAGAUUCUGAUUUGAGUUCAAUGGCAACCAACAUGAAAAAGAAAUUUGACAAAUAUUGUGGUGAACCGGAAAAGAUGAAUAAAAUGAUUUUUACUGCUUGUAUUUUGGAUCCGCGCUACAAGGAUGAGUAUGUUACUUAUGCACUAGUGAGCAUGUAUGGAGAAGAAAAAGGAGAAAAAAUAAUAGGUGAUGUAAAAAAGUACAUGAUUUCUUUGUUUAAUGAGUAUGCAAAACAACAUACAAAAAAGUCUCAAAGUUCAUCAUCUUCAUCUGUUUCUUCAUCUGGUAAAACAUUGGACUUACCAAGUCAAUUCAAGAAACAUAAAGUUGAGAGUGGUAGUUCGGAUGCUAAAACAGAGUUAGACAAGUAUCUUGGUGAAGCAAGUGAGAAUGGAAGUGAAGGUACUGAUAUCUUGCCUUGGUUGAAAGUGAACUCACCUAGAUUUCCUAUUCUUGCUGAAAUGGCUCGUGAUGUGUUAGCAAUUCCCAUAUCUAGUGUGGCUUCAGAGAGUGCAUUUAGUACGGGAGGGCAUAUUCUUGAUUCUUUUAGGAGUUCAUUGACUCCCAAAUUGGUGCAAGCUCUUGUGUGCUCUCAAGAUUGGAUUCGAGAGGGCUCAUGUUCGGUUGGAGUCGGGGAAGAUUAG